CAUUUAAAGAUGGAGACCCCUCAUCAGGACUCACAAAACGAGUCCCCACCAUUCAAAAAGCCUCGAAUCCAGGAGAAAAGAUCAGACUCACCAGUACCGAGCUGUGUCUCCAUGAAGAGUGAUGAGUCUAUGCUUCAGCCAAUAAGUUUUGGAAAUGGAGAUCAUUCAUUUGUACACAGUGUUCAGAUGAAUUCUGGAGAUGAAAUAGAAAAGAAAGUCCUCACAGAUACAGAGUCUGAUUCUCCAUCUGCUGGAACUAUACUCCAGAAAAACUUCAAACUGCAUUUGUCACAGAAGUUUCAGUGUUUGAAUGACGUGAUAUCAAACCAGGAAAACCCAACAUUACUGAAUGAGAUCUACACAGAACUCUACAUCACAGAGGGAGACACUGGAGACAUCAAUAAUGAACAUGAGGUGAGACAGAUCGAGGCAGCAUCCAGGAAAUCAACAACAGAGGAAACACCAAUCAAAUGUAUCGACAUCUUUAAACCUUUAUCUGAAGAAGAUAAACCCAUCAGAACUGUACUGACAAAGGCAGUCGCUGGUAUUGGAAAAACUGUCUCUGUGCAGAAGUUCAUUCUGGACUGGGCUGAAGGAAUGACAAACCAGGAUCUUCACUUUAUUUGUCCACUUCCUUUCAGAGAGCUGAAUUUAAUGAAGGACCAAAAACUGAGUCUGAUGGAUCUUCUCAGCUUCAGUUUUAAGGAGAUGAAAGAAACUGAAAUGUCCAGCUUGCAGAAAGUUCUGUUUAUUUUUGAUGGUUUGGAUGAGUGUCGUUUCUCUCUAGAUUUUCUGAACACAGACAGAUUGUGUGAUGUAACUGAAUCAGCAUCAGUGAAUGUGCUACUGAUGAACCUGAUUAAAGGGAAUCUGCUUCCAUCUGCUGUCAUCUGGAUAACCUCCCGACCAGGAGCUGCUGAUCAGAUCCCCUCUGAGUGUGAAGAACGAGUGACGGAGGUACGAGGGUUUAAUAACCCACAGAAGGAGGAGUACUUCAUGAAGAGAAUCAGUGAUCAGAGCCUGGCUAACAGAGUCAUCACCCACCUGAAGUCAUUACGAAGCCUCUACAUCAUGUGUCACAUACCAGUUUUCUGCUGGAUUUCAGCUACUGUUCUUGAGAGAUUGUUGGAUGAAACUGAAGGUGGUGAGAUCCCCAAAACUCUGACUCAAAUGUACACCCACUUCCUCGUCAUUCAGACCAACAUCAUAAGAGAAAAAUACUCAAAGAACCAAGAAACAGAUGAAGAAAUUAUUCAUAAACUGGGAAAACUGGCUUUGAAUCAGCUGAUGAAAGGAAACCUGAUCUUCUAUGAAGAAGACCUAAAAGAAUGUGGAAUUGAUGUGAGAGAAGCAGCAGUGUACUCAGGUGUGUGUACACGGAUCUUCAGAGAGGAGUUUGGACUGAACCAGAAUAAAGUGUACUGCUUUGUUCAUCUGAGCAUUCAGGAGCAUCUCGCAGCUCUAUAUGUGCACCUGAUGUUCAUGAAAGAACAGAAAAAUGUUUUUAAAAAUUGGAAGCGUUCUAUUAGUGGAGUCCAGUUAGAAAGAAAACUUUCAGACAUGCACAAGACUGCAGUAGAUGAAGCAUUAAAGAGUAAAAAUGGACAUCUGGAUCUUUUCCUUCGUUUUCUUCUGGGUCUCUCACUGGAGUCCAAUCAGACUUUGUUACAUUCAUCAGUGACACAGACAGGAAGUAGCUCCCACAAUAAAAAGAAAACAGUUCAGUACAUAAAGAAGAAGAUCAGUAAGGACACAACUACAGAGAAAUCCAUCAAUCUGUUCCACUGUCUGAAUGAACUGGGAGAUCAUUUACUAGUGGAGGAGGUUCAGCACUACCUGAAAUCUGAAAAUUUAGGAGAAAGUAAACUCUCUACAUCACAGUGGUCAGCUCUAGUGUUUGUGUUACUGACAUCAGAGCAGGAACAAGAUGAGUUUGUCCUGAGCAAAUAUUGCACAAACAGAAACUCAAAUCAGGUUCUUCUGAAGCUUCUUCCUGUAAUUGCGGCCUCCAGAAAAGCUGAGUUGGGUGAUUGUGGUGUAUCAGAUAAAGGUUGCGCUGCUCUGGUUUCAGCUCUGAGAUCAAACCCCUCACACCUGAGAGAUCUGAGUUUGUCUCAGAAUAAACUAGGAGAUUCAGGUGUGAAGCUUCUCUCUGUUGUACUGGAGAAUCCUCACUGUAAACUGGAGAUACUGAGGUUGGGUGAUUGUGAUGUAUCAGAUAAAGGUUGUGCUGCUCUGGCUUCAGCACUGAGAUCAAACCCCUCACACCUGAGAGAUCUGGAUCUGUCUCAGAAUAAACUAGGAGAUUCAGGAGUGACGUUUCUCUCUGCUGUACUGGAGAAUCCUCACUGUAAACUGGAGAAACUGGGGCUGGUUGAUUGUGGUGUAAUAGAUGAAGGUUGUGCUGCUCUGGCUUCAGCUCUGAGAUCAAACCCCUCACACCUGAGAGAUCUGGAUCUGUCUAAUAAUGAACUAGAAGAUUCAGGAGUGAAGCUUCUCUCUGCUGGACUGGAGAAUUAUCACUGUAAACUGGAGAAACUGAGGUUGAGGAAUUGUGGUGUAUCAGAUGAAGGUUGUGCUGCUCUGGCUUCAGCUUUGAGAUCAAACCCCUCACACCUGAGAUAUCUGGAUCUGUCGCAUAAUGAACUAGGAGAUUCAGGAGUGAAGCGUCUCUCUGCUGUACUGGAGAAUCCUCACUGUAAACUGGAGAAACUGGGGUUGUAUAAUUGUGGUGUAUCAGAUGAAGGUUGUGCUGCUCUGGCUUCAGCUCUGAGAUCAAACCCCUCACACCUGAGAGAUCUGGAUCUGUCAUGGAAUAAACUCAGAGGUUCAGGAGUGAAGCUUCUCUCUGCUGUACUGGAGAAUCCUCUCUGUAAACUGGAGAAACUGGGGUUGAGGAACUGUGAUGUAUCAGAUGAAGGUUGUGCUGCUCUGGCUUCAGCUCUGAGAUCAAACCCCUCACACCUGAGAGAUAUGAGUCUGUCUGAUAAUAAACUGGGAGAUUCAGGAGUGAAGCUUCUCUCUGUUGGACUGGAGAAUCCUCACUGUAAACUGGAGAAAAUGAAUUUGAGGUAUUGUGGUGUAUCAGAUGAAGGUUGUGCUGCUCUGGCUUCAGCUCUGAGAUCAAACCCCUCACACCUGAGAGAUCUGAAUCUGUCUGGAAACAAACUAGGAGAUUCAAGAGUGAAGCUUCUCUCUGCUGUACUGGAGAAUCCUCACUGUAAACUGAAGAUACUGGGACUGCCAUCAGUGUAUAAGGAUGAAGACUUGAUGAAUACUUAAAUGAAGAUGAAGACGAGGAUGGUUAAAUCAGACUGUACAGGAUCUAAACCUCAUGAUAGAACUGAUGACAGCUGGAAUGUGUAAUGUUACAGACUGAAUCGAGAUGCUUGCGGUAAAAAUUGGUAGAGGCUUUUAUUUUUUAGGGCUGAACCAAAAACAGUAAUCGAAAUACAAGCGUGAGUCAAAACCCUAUAAUCUCCGAACCAAAGCAUCAAAUCCAAAACGCAGUCCAAAAGGGCAAGCGUUAGCCAGAAACAGGAUUGAAAACCAGAUACAAUAACUAGUAAAACAUGGUACAAAGGGCAAGCCAAAAAUCAAAGUGGAUAUACGAAAAUGAGUCAAAGCACGAUAUUCACAAACAGAAAAAGUACACAGUUGUAUACAGUGGCAAUACUUUACAACGUUUUACAUUUUACAUGUUAACAAACAGGUAUUUAUACAGGAAGUUAUCUUAGAACUCAGGUGAAUCAGAUCUUGUAAUCAAACUCAGAUUGGCUUGCAGUCACUGGACUGACUGGUGCAUCCUGGGAGUUUGAGUCCGUUAUGGUGGAUGAGUCUGUAGAGCGACCGGAAAGUGUGAAAGAAUUGAGACCAAUGUUCAUUAAACACUGAAGAUACAGAGACGUUCCUGCACCUUUCUCACCUCAUUUACUCAGAACAGCCUAAAUACUAAACAUAACUCAUAAAUACUAGCCAAUGUGCCCAACGUUCCCUUGUGGGUUAAUGUGAGCACAGUAGGGCAAGCUGUAGCCUAGUGGUUAAGGAGCUGGACUAGUAAACAGAAGGUCACUGGUUCAAGCCCUACCAUUGCCAGGUUGCUGCUGUUGGGCCCUUGAGCAAGGCCCUUAACCCUAAGUUGCUCAGACUGUAUACUGUACUGUAAGUCGCUUUGGAUAAAGGCGUCUGCUAAAUGCUGAAAAUGUAAAUGUAGGGGAUGCUGAUUAAAACAAUGCUGACUUAAUUAUGUUUAGUAGUUGUUAGUGUAUGUGAUUAACAUAUAACUAGAACUUCUAGAAUGUUCUAGAAGGGCUAGAUUAGACAAGUGCAUCAAUAGAGAGUAUAAAUUAUGCAUUUUUGACUUCUCUCUUUGGUUUGUACCAGGCAUAUCUCUGUAUUUGUUUAACUUCAAAUCAUCUUUACACUACUUUUAACUUUAUUAAACUUUAAAUCUUA